UAUAAAUAUGUAAGUAUAUAUGUACAUAGAUUCAUAUACAUAGUAAAUCUACUUGCCCUUACUCAUAUUUAUUGAGAGUCGUCGAUACAAAAUCGAACACUGAUAUACAUUUGUAUGUGUAUACAUAUGUAUAUAUGUUGUAUAUAAUAAUUUCCUUCUUUUGAUUGUAUCGCUCAAUCAUAUUUACCGUACCUGUUUUCCCAAUAAGUUUGGUGGUGGUAGCUUUAAACAUACAUACUUAUGUGAUUAGAAAACAACAAAAAAGAACACCUGUUCUAACCACCACCAAACGGCAACGGACCUCGAAACUAAAAUAAAGCACCAUUAUUAUUAUUACGCUAACCUACAUCACGCCUCCAAAUAUUCGCUAGUAACACCGUUAGUCAGCCACUUACUUUUGGUAGCGACAGGUUCGAAUGCUUUUAUUUACACGCCGGCAACUUCAGUACACACACAUCAGCCGACACAUCAAAGACUGACACUUUCUGUUUACUUAAUUUAAACAAAUAAACAGCGAAAAUAUUAACAAAUUGAGUACUUUUAAAUUAAGCAACCAUGUCUGAUGAAUUGAAUUCAGAUGAAGACCCAUACGCGAACGAGUCUUUCGAAAAUGACACGGAUGAGAUACCUGAAAUAUCUGAAACGGACAGUGAGAGUGAAAUAGAACCCGAAAUGGUACCAUCUAAUAGUUCGCUCUAUGCUUACGCUAGAAGCCGGUUUAGUGGACGCAAGGGCUCGUUGCAAAAUAAGAAUUACGUACCCUACGAUAGUUCCUCAGAAGACGACCAAGAUGUGGUAAUCAGUGAGACUAUCGCCGAAAUUAACACCGAACCCAUGUGCAUGGAUGACGCUAUCAAAACGCCAAAAAUUUCUUUUAAGGCAGCGCUGACCCGGCGCAGUUCCUCGGCGCGAGUGAUUGGAAACAAACGAAUGCUUGUUGAACCGCUUUCUAUUGUGGAAAUACCAAAUACUGCACCUACCGUAAGCGAUGAUGUGAGCAAUGGUGAAGUCUCGGACAAUGUCGAUGAAGAUGCGACAGCUGAAGUGAAAACGGAAAAAGAGGCCGAGGUACUUGACAAAUUUAAAGACUUAAGUUGUAUUCAAGACGACUCAAGUCAGGAAGAAGAUAAUGUAUUGUUGCCGUGCAAUGCUCCGCAACCGCAUGAAGCACCUGAUGACAAUGAUUCACACAAAGAGAUAGAUGUGCACGUGAAUUCUUUUGACAUAUCAUCAGAGAAAUUGAGAGAAAAUAUGAAUAAUUUUGCGGAUAUUGCUAGCGUUAGUGAUGGUCCGUCAAAGGAAAAUGAUAAUGAGCUUGUGGAAUAUGAGCCAAGUAUUGAUGUACAUAUUACUAGCGAAACACCGACCAGUUUUAAUUCAGAGGAGUAUGCCUUCCAUUUGAACUUCUUAAAGACGUGUGGAUCAAGUGACAAACUGAGAAUGCGGUCCAAUCCCCGCAAAAGCUGGAGCUUCUCUAACGAUCGCAUGCGGGAAAUUGAGCGGCACAACCAUAUUUUGCUACGAAAAAUACUCUCACAGAAGCCGACAUACCAUUUGGCCACACCAAAGCCUACUAAAUUCGCCACAUUACCUCCAACCACGCGUAUCACCAGCGCAGCGAUAAACCGAAAGAAGAAGCAACGACAAAUUGAUCUGGAUAAUCAAGGACUCAAGCGCCGCAUCGAAGCUAUAACUCUUCGACGUCCCACGCUGCAACAUUUAAAUUAAUAAUAAAUGUUAAUUUUUGAUUUUUUGAACAUACAAAUUUCAUUUAUUAUUUGAGACUAAAUGUUGAACAGUGUAUACCAAUAAAUAUAUUUUGGCCAUUUAAACAUUUGUAAAAUCACCUUUGUAUUAUAGAA